AUGAGACCGGCGGCACCGCUCGCGUCGCCCUUUCGGAGUGGUCAGCACCGGCUGGGCGGGCCGGGGCGGGGCCGGAGCCAAGGUCUGGAGGUACCCCAAGAGUUAGCUGCAGUCACAGCCCGGCUGCCCGCGGCAGCACCGGGCAGCGAGGCCGUGGGCACCGCCCUUCUCCUGGCGCAUCAGCUCCGGGAUCCCGACUGGAUGCGCAGGGCCACCGCUGGCCCGCACCACAAGCCGCCAAGAUGUGCGACUGCUUCCACGUGGUGCUGCCCACCUGGCCCGGAGCCCCCGGCAGUGGUGCGCCUCAUCCCCGCCUGCAGCCCGCUUCCCUCGGGCGGACUCAACCUGACCAUUGAGGUCUGUGACGUGGAGUCAAGGAUUGAUCAGGACAAGUUUGGGAACGUGUCCUCUUCGGAGAAGUGGCUGAACCCUUUCUACACCCUGUCCCCUUGGGCUCAGCCCCGCAGCACCUGCCCCUCUCGCCAUUCAGCAGUGUCUGGCCGGCAGCUGCAGCAGCAGGAGCCAGAGGCUGAGACUGAAGACGACCACUCUGUCACAGAAGGGCCUGCAGGCGAGAUCAUUCGGCCAAGGCCACAGGGAUCCUCACCUGUUUAUGAAUACACAGCUGAAGGUUCUGGCUUUGGAGGCCAGGAAAACAGCCAAGGCAGGCACAGUUCCUCUGGCAGACGGAGAUCCUGGUGGAAACGGGAUUCAGGGGACUCCACAGCCUUCACCAGCAUGAGUGCGUCUGGGCAGGAUUCAAAAGAGGUGACACUGAAGACUGAUGUGGAGUCAGGAGCCAGUGGCUACAGUGUCACAGGUGGAGGGGAUCAGGGGAUCUUUGUCAAGCAAGUAUUGAAGGACUCCUCGGCUGCCAAGCUGUUCAACCUGAGAGAAGGAGAUCAACUGCUUAGUGCAACCAUAUUCUUUGACCAUAUGAAAUAUGAAGAUGCUCUUAAAAUUCUUCAGUACUCAGAACCAUACAAAGUUCAGUUCAGAAUCAAACGGAAACUCUCAGCCAGCAAGGGAGAGGAAGGGGCUGCACAGCACUCCCAGCAAGGCCUGAGAGGCCAGGAAAAGCAGGACAAGGAAAUUGCUGAUGGAUGCAUGGAGACCCCUACAAAAUCUCUAGAAGAAGAUGGAGACCGAGAAAGGCUUAUUGCUAAGUCCAUAGACAGCCGCCAUAGGCGACCCCAGGACAGAUUCUCCUGGCCAAAAUUUCAAGCCUUAAGGAGCAAGCAGAGGGCAGGGCCCCGACGCUCACACAGUUCCUCAGAAGCCUCAGAGCACAGGGACCCACGAGAUUUGUCCCCCACAAGCACAGACACAGAGCUCCAGAUGACAGCUGAUAGACAGGGGCAGCACAGAGGAGGAGGAGGGAGACAAAGAAGGAGAUUCCUGAACUUGAGGUUUGGCAUAACCUCAGAUCAGACACCAGCAACAACAGAGGAAAAAGGCAAAGAUCCCCAGGACAGUCAAGAUCGUGCUGGAGUUGAAAAAGAAAACCCAGAACAGGAGGAAGACACAAAGAAUACAGAAGUGGUUAUUGGAAAAGAAAAGAAGGAAACAAAAAAUACAAUUGCAUUUUUCUCGGCUCAAACAAGGAAAAUGACCAAAAGAGAGAAUUAUUAUAAUUUGGAAAAAGAAGAGUCUGGAAAACUGGAACUAAAAACAGAGAAACAACAAAGGAAAAAGAAACAGGUAAAGAAACAAGAAAAGGAAAGAAAAGAUAUCCAACCUGAAGUUGAUCAAGCACCAGGAAUCAGGAGGGAAGACAGCUGGGAGGAGCUGCAGAGUCUGGAAAUAGGCAUUGCAAGAUUAUCUCUAAAAGAAACAUCUGAACAAAACAUGCAGGUAGAUAUACAGGCGCCGGGUGGCAAGCUGGAGGGGGACGUGGCCCUGGCCGAGAGGGACGUGGCCGCCAAAGACAGCAAGUUCAAGAUGCCCAAGUUCAAGAUGCCCUCCUUCGGCGUGUCCGCGCCUGGCAAGCCCAGCGUGGAGGCCUCUCUGGAGGUGGGGGCGCCCAAGGUGGAGGCGGACGUGGCCCUGCCCUCGGUGCAGGGCGACCUCAAGACCCCUGACGUGACCAUCCAGCUGCCGUCCGCCGACCUGGAGCUCCAGGCCGGCCAGGAGGGCGUGAAGCUGCCCGAGGGAGAGCUGGCCGCACCGGCUGCUGCUGGAGCCGGCCUGAAGGGCCACCUGCCCAAGGUGCAGAUGCCCAGCCUCAAGAUGCCCAAGGUGGACCUCAAGGGGCCCCAGGUGGACCUCAAGGCCCCCAAAGUGGACGUGAAGGGCCCCAAGGGCGAGGUGAGCGCCCCCGGCGUGGAGGUGUCCCUGCCCGGCGUGGAGGUGGACAUCCAGGCGCCCGGUGCCAAGCUGGAGGGGGACGUGGCCCUGGCCGAGAGGGACGUGGCCGCCAAAGACAGCAAGUUCAAGAUGCCCAAGUUCAAGAUGCCCUCCUUCGGCGUGUCCGCGCCUGGCAAGCCCAGCGUGGAGGCCUCUCUGGAGGUGGGGGCGCCCAAGGUGGAGGCGGACGUGGCCCUGCCCUCGGUGCAGGGCGACCUCAAGACCCCUGACGUGACCAUCCAGCUGCCGUCCGCCGACCUGGAGCUCCAGGCCGGCCAGGAGGGCGUGAAGCUGCCCGAGGGAGAGCUGGCCGCACCGGCUGCUGCUGGAGCCGGCCUGAAGGGCCACCUGCCCAAGGUGCAGAUGCCCAGCCUCAAGAUGCCCAAGGUGGACCUCAAGGGGCCCCAGGUGGACCUCAAGGCCCCCAAAGUGGACGUGAAGGGCCCCAAGGGCGAGGUGAGCGCCCCCGGCGUGGAGGUGUCCCUGCCCGGCGUGGAGGUGGACAUCCAGGCGCCCGGUGCCAAGCUGGAGGGGGACGUGGCCCUGGCCGAGAGGGACGUGGCCGCCAAAGACAGCAAGUUCAAGAUGCCCAAGUUCAAGAUGCCCUCCUUCGGCGUGUCCGCGCCUGGCAAGCCCAGCGUGGAGGCCUCUCUGGAGGUGGGGGCGCCCAAGGUGGAGGCGGACGUGGCCCUGCCCUCGGUGCAGGGCGACCUCAAGACCCCUGACGUGACCAUCCAGCUGCCGUCCGCCGACCUGGAGCUCCAGGCCGGCCAGGAGGGCGUGAAGCUGCCCGAGGGAGAGCUGGCCGCACCGGCUGCUGCUGGAGCCGGCCUGAAGGGCCACCUGCCCAAGGUGCAGAUGCCCAGCCUCAAGAUGCCCAAGGUGGACCUCAAGGGGCCCCAGGUGGACCUCAAGGCCCCCAAAGUGGACGUGAAGGGCCCCAAGGGCGAGGUGAGCGCCCCCGGCGUGGAGGUGUCCCUGCCCGGCGUGGAGGUGGACAUCCAGGCGCCCGGUGCCAAGCUGGAGGGGGACGUGGCCCUGGCCGAGAGGGACGUGGCCGCCAAAGACAGCAAGUUCAAGAUGCCCAAGUUCAAGAUGCCCUCCUUCGGCGUGUCCGCGCCUGGCAAGCCCAGCGUGGAGGCCUCUCUGGAGGUGGGGGCGCCCAAGGUGGAGGCGGACGUGGCCCUGCCCUCGGUGCAGGGCGACCUCAAGACCCCUGACGUGACCAUCCAGCUGCCGUCCGCCGACCUGGAGCUCCAGGCCGGCCAGGAGGGCGUGAAGCUGCCCGAGGGAGAGCUGGCCGCACCGGCUGCUGCUGGAGCCGGCCUGAAGGGCCACCUGCCCAAGGUGCAGAUGCCCAGCCUCAAGAUGCCCAAGGUGGACCUCAAGGGGCCCCAGGUGGACCUCAAGGCCCCCAAAGUGGACGUGAAGGGCCCCAAGGGCGAGGUGAGCGCCCCCGGCGUGGAGGUGUCCCUGCCCGGCGUGGAGGUGGACAUCCAGGCGCCCGGUGCCAAGCUGGAGGGGGACGUGGCCCUGGCCGAGAGGGACGUGGCCGCCAAAGACAGCAAGUUCAAGAUGCCCAAGUUCAAGAUGCCCUCCUUCGGCGUGUCCGCGCCUGGCAAGCCCAGCGUGGAGGCCUCUCUGGAGGUGGGGGCGCCCAAGGUGGAGGCGGACGUGGCCCUGCCCUCGGUGCAGGGCGACCUCAAGACCCCUGACGUGACCAUCCAGCUGCCGUCCGCCGACCUGGAGCUCCAGGCCGGCCAGGAGGGCGUGAAGCUGCCCGAGGGAGAGCUGGCCGCACCGGCUGCUGCUGGAGCCGGCCUGAAGGGCCACCUGCCCAAGGUGCAGAUGCCCAGCCUCAAGAUGCCCAAGGUGGACCUCAAGGGGCCCCAGGUGGACCUCAAGGCCCCCAAAGUGGACGUGAAGGGCCCCAAGGGCGAGGUGAGCGCCCCCGGCGUGGAGGUGUCCCUGCCCGGCGUGGAGGUGGACAUCCAGGCGCCCGGUGCCAAGCUGGAGGGGGACGUGGCCCUGGCCGAGAGGGACGUGGCCGCCAAAGACAGCAAGUUCAAGAUGCCCAAGUUCAAGAUGCCCUCCUUCGGCGUGUCCGCGCCUGGCAAGCCCAGCGUGGAGGCCUCUCUGGAGGUGGGGGCGCCCAAGGUGGAGGCGGACGUGGCCCUGCCCUCGGUGCAGGGCGACCUCAAGACCCCUGACGUGACCAUCCAGCUGCCGUCCGCCGACCUGGAGCUCCAGGCCGGCCAGGAGGGCGUGAAGCUGCCCGAGGGAGAGCUGGCCGCACCGGCUGCUGCUGGAGCCGGCCUGAAGGGCCACCUGCCCAAGGUGCAGAUGCCCAGCCUCAAGAUGCCCAAGGUGGACCUCAAGGGGCCCCAGGUGGACCUCAAGGCCCCCAAAGUGGACGUGAAGGGCCCCAAGGGCGAGGUGAGCGCCCCCGGCGUGGAGGUGUCCCUGCCCGGCGUGGAGGUGGACAUCCAGGCGCCCGGUGCCAAGCUGGAGGGGGACGUGGCCCUGGCCGAGAGGGACGUGGCCGCCAAAGACAGCAAGUUCAAGAUGCCCAAGUUCAAGAUGCCCUCCUUCGGCGUGUCCGCGCCUGGCAAGCCCAGCGUGGAGGCCUCUCUGGAGGUGGGGGCGCCCAAGGUGGAGGCGGACGUGGCCCUGCCCUCGGUGCAGGGCGACCUCAAGACCCCUGACGUGACCAUCCAGCUGCCGUCCGCCGACCUGGAGCUCCAGGCCGGCCAGGAGGGCGUGAAGCUGCCCGAGGGAGAGCUGGCCGCACCGGCUGCUGCUGGAGCCGGCCUGAAGGGCCACCUGCCCAAGGUGCAGAUGCCCAGCCUCAAGAUGCCCAAGGUGGACCUCAAGGGGCCCCAGGUGGACCUCAAGGCCCCCAAAGUGGACGUGAAGGGCCCCAAGGGCGAGGUGAGCGCCCCCGGCGUGGAGGUGUCCCUGCCCGGCGUGGAGGUGGACAUCCAGGCGCCCGGUGCCAAGCUGGAGGGGGACGUGGCCCUGGCCGAGAGGGACGUGGCCGCCAAAGACAGCAAGUUCAAGAUGCCCAAGUUCAAGAUGCCCUCCUUCGGCGUGUCCGCGCCUGGCAAGCCCAGCGUGGAGGCCUCUCUGGAGGUGGGGGCGCCCAAGGUGGAGGCGGACGUGGCCCUGCCCUCGGUGCAGGGCGACCUCAAGACCCCUGACGUGACCAUCCAGCUGCCGUCCGCCGACCUGGAGCUCCAGGCCGGCCAGGAGGGCGUGAAGCUGCCCGAGGGAGAGCUGGCCGCACCGGCUGCUGCUGGAGCCGGCCUGAAGGGCCACCUGCCCAAGGUGCAGAUGCCCAGCCUCAAGAUGCCCAAGGUGGACCUCAAGGGGCCCCAGGUGGACCUCAAGGCCCCCAAAGUGGACGUGAAGGGCCCCAAGGGCGAGGUGAGCGCCCCCGGCGUGGAGGUGUCCCUGCCCGGCGUGGAGGUGGACAUCCAGGCGCCCGGUGCCAAGCUGGAGGGGGACGUGGCCCUGGCCGAGAGGGACGUGGCCGCCAAAGACAGCAAGUUCAAGAUGCCCAAGUUCAAGAUGCCCUCCUUCGGCGUGUCCGCGCCUGGCAAGCCCAGCGUGGAGGCCUCUCUGGAGGUGGGGGCGCCCAAGGUGGAGGCGGACGUGGCCCUGCCCUCGGUGCAGGGCGACCUCAAGACCCCUGACGUGACCAUCCAGCUGCCGUCCGCCGACCUGGAGCUCCAGGCCGGCCAGGAGGGCGUGAAGCUGCCCGAGGGAGAGCUGGCCGCACCGGCUGCUGCUGGAGCCGGCCUGAAGGGCCACCUGCCCAAGGUGCAGAUGCCCAGCCUCAAGAUGCCCAAGGUGGACCUCAAGGGGCCCCAGGUGGACCUCAAGGCCCCCAAAGUGGACGUGAAGGGCCCCAAGGGCGAGGUGAGCGCCCCCGGCGUGGAGGUGUCCCUGCCCGGCGUGGAGGUGGACAUCCAGGCGCCCGGUGCCAAGCUGGAGGGGGACGUGGCCCUGGCCGAGAGGGACGUGGCCGCCAAAGACAGCAAGUUCAAGAUGCCCAAGUUCAAGAUGCCCUCCUUCGGCGUGUCCGCGCCUGGCAAGCCCAGCGUGGAGGCCUCUCUGGAGGUGGGGGCGCCCAAGGUGGAGGCGGACGUGGCCCUGCCCUCGGUGCAGGGCGACCUCAAGACCCCUGACGUGACCAUCCAGCUGCCGUCCGCCGACCUGGAGCUCCAGGCCGGCCAGGAGGGCGUGAAGCUGCCCGAGGGAGAGCUGGCCGCACCGGCUGCUGCUGGAGCCGGCCUGAAGGGCCACCUGCCCAAGGUGCAGAUGCCCAGCCUCAAGAUGCCCAAGGUGGACCUCAAGGGGCCCCAGGUGGACCUCAAGGCCCCCAAAGUGGACGUGAAGGGCCCCAAGGGCGAGGUGAGCGCCCCCGGCGUGGAGGUGUCCCUGCCCGGCGUGGAGGUGGACAUCCAGGCGCCCGGUGCCAAGCUGGAGGGGGACGUGGCCCUGGCCGAGAGGGACGUGGCCGCCAAAGACAGCAAGUUCAAGAUGCCCAAGUUCAAGAUGCCCUCCUUCGGCGUGUCCGCGCCUGGCAAGCCCAGCGUGGAGGCCUCUCUGGAGGUGGGGGCGCCCAAGGUGGAGGCGGACGUGGCCCUGCCCUCGGUGCAGGGCGACCUCAAGACCCCUGACGUGACCAUCCAGCUGCCGUCCGCCGACCUGGAGCUCCAGGCCGGCCAGGAGGGCGUGAAGCUGCCCGAGGGAGAGCUGGCCGCACCGGCUGCUGCUGGAGCCGGCCUGAAGGGCCACCUGCCCAAGGUGCAGAUGCCCAGCCUCAAGAUGCCCAAGGUGGACCUCAAGGGGCCCCAGGUGGACCUCAAGGCCCCCAAAGUGGACGUGAAGGGCCCCAAGGGCGAGGUGAGCGCCCCCGGCGUGGAGGUGUCCCUGCCCGGCGUGGAGGUGGACAUCCAGGCGCCCGGUGCCAAGCUGGAGGGGGACGUGGCCCUGGCCGAGAGGGACGUGGCCGCCAAAGACAGCAAGUUCAAGAUGCCCAAGUUCAAGAUGCCCUCCUUCGGCGUGUCCGCGCCUGGCAAGCCCAGCGUGGAGGCCUCUCUGGAGGUGGGGGCGCCCAAGGUGGAGGCGGACGUGGCCCUGCCCUCGGUGCAGGGCGACCUCAAGACCCCUGACGUGACCAUCCAGCUGCCGUCCGCCGACCUGGAGCUCCAGGCCGGCCAGGAGGGCGUGAAGCUGCCCGAGGGAGAGCUGGCCGCACCGGCUGCUGCUGGAGCCGGCCUGAAGGGCCACCUGCCCAAGGUGCAGAUGCCCAGCCUCAAGAUGCCCAAGGUGGACCUCAAGGGGCCCCAGGUGGACCUCAAGGCCCCCAAAGUGGACGUGAAGGGCCCCAAGGGCGAGGUGAGCGCCCCCGGCGUGGAGGUGUCCCUGCCCGGCGUGGAGGUGGACAUCCAGGCGCCCGGUGCCAAGCUGGAGGGGGACGUGGCCCUGGCCGAGAGGGACGUGGCCGCCAAAGACAGCAAGUUCAAGAUGCCCAAGUUCAAGAUGCCCUCCUUCGGCGUGUCCGCGCCUGGCAAGCCCAGCGUGGAGGCCUCUCUGGAGGUGGGGGCGCCCAAGGUGGAGGCGGACGUGGCCCUGCCCUCGGUGCAGGGCGACCUCAAGACCCCUGACGUGACCAUCCAGCUGCCGUCCGCCGACCUGGAGCUCCAGGCCGGCCAGGAGGGCGUGAAGCUGCCCGAGGGAGAGCUGGCCGCACCGGCUGCUGCUGGAGCCGGCCUGAAGGGCCACCUGCCCAAGGUGCAGAUGCCCAGCCUCAAGAUGCCCAAGGUGGACCUCAAGGGGCCCCAGGUGGACCUCAAGGCCCCCAAAGUGGACGUGAAGGGCCCCAAGGGCGAGGUGAGCGCCCCCGGCGUGGAGGUGUCCCUGCCCGGCGUGGAGGUGGACAUCCAGGCGCCCGGUGCCAAGCUGGAGGGGGACGUGGCCCUGGCCGAGAGGGACGUGGCCGCCAAAGACAGCAAGUUCAAGAUGCCCAAGUUCAAGAUGCCCUCCUUCGGCGUGUCCGCGCCUGGCAAGCCCAGCGUGGAGGCCUCUCUGGAGGUGGGGGCGCCCAAGGUGGAGGCGGACGUGGCCCUGCCCUCGGUGCAGGGCGACCUCAAGACCCCUGACGUGACCAUCCAGCUGCCGUCCGCCGACCUGGAGCUCCAGGCCGGCCAGGAGGGCGUGAAGCUGCCCGAGGGAGAGCUGGCCGCACCGGCUGCUGCUGGAGCCGGCCUGAAGGGCCACCUGCCCAAGGUGCAGAUGCCCAGCCUCAAGAUGCCCAAGGUGGACCUCAAGGGGCCCCAGGUGGACCUCAAGGCCCCCAAAGUGGACGUGAAGGGCCCCAAGGGCGAGGUGAGCGCCCCCGGCGUGGAGGUGUCCCUGCCCGGCGUGGAGGUGGACAUCCAGGCGCCCGGUGCCAAGCUGGAGGGGGACGUGGCCCUGGCCGAGAGGGACGUGGCCGCCAAAGACAGCAAGUUCAAGAUGCCCAAGUUCAAGAUGCCCUCCUUCGGCGUGUCCGCGCCUGGCAAGCCCAGCGUGGAGGCCUCUCUGGAGGUGGGGGCGCCCAAGGUGGAGGCGGACGUGGCCCUGCCCUCGGUGCAGGGCGACCUCAAGACCCCUGACGUGACCAUCCAGCUGCCGUCCGCCGACCUGGAGCUCCAGGCCGGCCAGGAGGGCGUGAAGCUGCCCGAGGGAGAGCUGGCCGCACCGGCUGCUGCUGGAGCCGGCCUGAAGGGCCACCUGCCCAAGGUGCAGAUGCCCAGCCUCAAGAUGCCCAAGGUGGACCUCAAGGGGCCCCAGGUGGACCUCAAGGCCCCCAAAGUGGACGUGAAGGGCCCCAAGGGCGAGGUGAGCGCCCCCGGCGUGGAGGUGUCCCUGCCCGGCGUGGAGGUGGACAUCCAGGCGCCCGGUGCCAAGCUGGAGGGGGACGUGGCCCUGGCCGAGAGGGACGUGGCCGCCAAAGACAGCAAGUUCAAGAUGCCCAAGUUCAAGAUGCCCUCCUUCGGCGUGUCCGCGCCUGGCAAGCCCAGCGUGGAGGCCUCUCUGGAGGUGGGGGCGCCCAAGGUGGAGGCCGGACGUGGCCCUGCCCUCGGUGCAGGGCGACCUCAAGACCCCUGACGUGACCAUCCAGCUGCCGUCCGCCGACCUGGAGCUCCAGGCCGGCCAGGAGGGCGUGAAGCUGCCCGAGGGAGAGCUGGCCGCACC